AGGCUGGGGAGAGGCGAGGGGGCCGGGUCGGAGCAGCCGGCGCUCGGGCCCAUGGCAGGGCCGGUCUGACCCGACGCGUUAGCCCCACUUGGAAGGAAGAGGUGGCGGCACCGGCACUAUGUUACCCAGCCAGGCCGGGGCAGGGAACGGCGCUCCCGCCUUGGCCCGUAGUGCGGUCAUGGGCAUGGCGCGGACCUCCUCCGGGCGGCCAGGUGCCGGGCUUCCCCGUGGGGCGAACGGCGGCGGUGCUGCUGCAGGAGUCCGCGGGCCCGGCAACGGGACAGGCCCUCCUAGCGGCCAGGGGACGAUCGGCGGUCGCUUCGAGCGGGACGUAAGCGCGGCGGCGGCGGCGGGCAGCGGCAGCGAAGGCGAUUCGGACUCGGCCGAAGAUGAGGAGUUGGUGGGCGAGCGCCGCGGCAUCAAGCGGACUUUGGGUGACAUGGAACUGGGGGUGGGGGGCACGGAGGCGGUGGCCGCGGCGGCAGCGGCCGGGGCUUACGGCGGAGUGAGCGGGGCCGUGAGCGGCGCCAAACCCGGCAAGAAGACCCGCGGCCGGGUCAAGAUCAAGAUGGAAUUUAUCGACAACAAGCUGCGACGCUACACCACGUUCAGCAAGAGGAAGACGGGCAUCAUGAAGAAGGCCUAUGAACUUUCCACUCUUACGGGCACUCAAGUGUUGCUACUUGUGGCCAGUGAGACAGGCCACGUCUACACUUUCGCCACACGGAAACUGCAGCCAAUGAUCACCAGCGAGACGGGCAAGGCGCUGAUCCAGACAUGCUUGAAUUCUCCUGACUCCCCUCCUCGGUCGGACCCAACCAGCGAUCAGCGCAUGAGUGCUACGGGCUUUGAGGAAACGGACCUUACGUAUCAGGUGUCGGAGUCGGACAGCAGCGGAGAAACAAAGGACUCACUGAAGCCAGCAUUCACUGUCACCAACCUCCCAGGGACGACGUCCACCAUCCAGACAGCACCCACAACAUCCACAUCCAUGCAGGUCAGCAGUGGGCCCUCGUUCCCCAUUACUAACUACUUAGCACCAGUCUCUGCCAGUGUCAGCCCCAGUACAGUCACCAGUGCCAACGGAACAGUGCUGAAAACCACUGGAACCAGCGCAGUGGCCUCUGGAGGACUCAUGCAGAUACCUACCGGCUUUACCCUCAUGUCAGCAGGUGCUCCACUCCCUCCCGGGACCCCUACCAUUCCUCUCACUCAGUUACAGCCACACUCGCUGGCCUUUUCCAACCAGCAGGGCCAGGCUGUACCUGGACAGCUACAGCAGGCACAACAGACAGUCUUCCGAUUUCCAUCUACAGCCGGAGGGCAGAUUGUGUCUCUGACAGGUGGUGCAGUGGCUCAACAGGUUCCUGUGCAAGCCAUCCAGGUGCAUCAGGCCCCCCAGCAAACGUCUCCUACAAGCGACAACAGCACUGAUGUCACACAGACCUCUUCCAGUGGGACAGUGACCCUGCCAGCUACAAUCAUGACUUCAUCUGUGCCAACCACUGUGGGAGGCCAUAUGAUGUAUCCCAGUUCUCAUGCAGUGAUGUAUGCUCCUACAUCGGGCCUCACGGAUGGUGGCCUUGCGGUUCUCAAUGCCUUCUCCCAGGCCCCAUCAGCAAUGCAGGUUUCACAUGGGCAAGUCCAGGAUCAGGGUGGAGUCCCUCAGGUAUUCCUGACAGCUCCGUCAGGAACAGUUCAGAUCCCAGUCUCAGCUGUUCAGCUUCACCAGAUGGCCGUCAUUGGUCAGCAGAGCAGCAGCACUGCCAACUUGACAGAGCUGCAGGUGGUCAACUUGGAGGCAUCACAUAGUUCCAAGAGUGACUGAGCAACUUUGGGAGGGACCUGGUGAGGGGAAGGGAAGACGUGUGUACCCAGCACCCCAACAUGAACCAGCAGAUGCCACCGCCUACGCCUCCCAGCUUUAUGCUGCAUCUGGCCCUGGAUCUAUGGCACUCCUCAAGCUGCACAAGGAUCUCGGCAGUCCCUAUUUUUGUAUGGACUCCAUCACUUAUUUAUUGUUGCCUUUUACACGUUUUCUUCUCACACUUUACACUGACACCCCCAUCCACAAAAGCACCCACAGAAGUACAUAGAUACAUAUUAAAAGUGGCUGCAAGGCCAGCAGCAGGAAGCUGAGCCUGGGCUGUAGGGGGACUUUGUUACACUGCAUUUACUGUUCUUUUUGUUUGUUGUUUUGUUUUCCUUCUUGUUCCAGCCAAAGAAACUUUCUCUCAUGAGUGGGAGAAUUCGCUCUGCCAUGUAUAAAACCUUCCCUCUGUUUCCAUUGCCAGGGAGGGAACUUUUCUCUCUCUUUGCCUUGCUGCUUCUGAUACAUAAGAAUGUCCUUGAAUGUCCUUAGUUUGUAACCUCUAGGCAGAGCAAUUGAGGCUGUGGGAAGAAGCUGCAGUCCAGAAGGCUGCGAAGCCAUUCUGAAAAAAGGUAGUCUCUUUUCAGGCAUAGCCCUGAUAUCCUUACACACACACACACACACACACACACACACACACACACACACACACACACAGAGCUGGGACAGUCACCACUUUCCCCUCCCCCAUUCCAGUUCAGGUCACUUCCUGGCUGCAGCUUUGUGCCUUCAAGCAAUCCAUGAUGCAUUGUGGGUUGGCUUGCCUUUAUUCUUGGCUGGCAAAGAGAGGGUUCUUCCUGUUGGCAUUCCAGCUGGAGCAACUGAGCAUCUUGGAUUUCCUUUUACCCUUAAAGUAUCCCUCCCUUGGAAUCUCUUUUUUUGUUGCAUAGGAACUGACUUGGAGCAGCUUCUUGCCCAUUUAGUCUGGCUGUAUACACAUCUUACAGCCCAAACAAGAAUUGUUUACCCAUCUCCCUUUUUUCUUGGAAACACACUCAGCAACUCAUAAGCCCAGUAGCAGGCUUCAUUUUGUGUAAUGCUUGAGUUUUGCUGAUUUUUUUUUCUUCCUGAGAAGGAAGAGCUACAGUCAUGUUAUAAUAAUAAUAAUUAUUAUUUUAAUUUUGGAAGGUAUAAAACAGCCUUCCCCACUGGUGCUCUCCAAGAUGUAUUGGGUUCCAAACUCCAUAUCCACUAGCUUUUGGCAAUGCUGGGAAUUGUCGACUAAAAGAUUGAAAAAGGUUGAUGAAGGCUAGUGCUAAGGAAUGAAGUUGAAACAAAUAAGGGUUGUUUAAGAAAAAGUAUUUAAACUUAACUCAGCAGGGUUUCCCAAGGCAAUUACAUCCAGAAAUGAACUAUAACCAGUCUGGGAUACAAUGAUGUAACAUAGCCUGUGGCAUUUAUUUGCUUCUCAGAUAGCCCUGGAAAUGAGAUGGUAUGUUGCGCCACCAUCAUGAAGCAUGUUUGGCCUGCACCUGUGAGACCUACAGCCUGGGAAUGGGUAGAUGGGAUGGGGCACGCUUAACCAUUUGUGAUAAAGGUUCUUCCCAUUUCUUUGUGAAGCCACUGCUGUGUCCACGUUCUUUAGAAAAAAAUUUAUGACGCUUCAAACAGGAGGUUCUGGAAUGAAUAUAUAUCGUAACACAUUUAAAAGGGGAAGCUGCAGGAGGACUGCUAGUCUAUAAUGGAGAAUGGAAAGAGAUGUGGAAUAGAGAGGAAGGGCUGGGUUAUUGGAUCAUUUGUUUGCACACAAUCAUGCAUUUCAUUCAGCCCAGAACAGGUCAGUGGUUCUUAUAAACACUCCCCCCCCGCCCGUCCCAAAAAAAAAGGGCCAGCUUUGGAUUAAGGAGGCUGCAGACUUUUAGAGAAAGAAAGCAGCUAUUGUAACUCCUUUCUUUCUUUUUUUUUAAUUAAAAGACAAAAGAAGCCUUGAAAAAAAAAGACUUUAUUUUUCUAAGUGUUAAACUCAGUAUUUAUGUAAUUCUUAAAGGAAUUAAAGUCUGGCUCCUGUACAGUUUUCAUGGGGUUUGUAGUUGGGGUGGGGGGGAAAUGGGCCAUGGAUGGGGCAGCGAUGAAAAAAAGGAGAAGAAAGGGCCCUUUUAAAUUUGUAUUGUAAUAUUCUGAAAUUGUUUCCAUGAACAUUAGCGUUUAAACAUGUCUCUGUCCCUAGCACUUGAAUCAUGCUUUGGUGGAAAGGUUGCACCAGUGGGGAGGAGAGGGCUUUUACUAGCUGUGCAAAAAGUACUACCUGGAAGCCACAUGCAACUGCAUCAGCAUUCCCUUUGUAGUGCCAGAGUCACACUUGGAAUAGAUGGAACCAACGUGUCGGUCCUUUUGUCUGGUCUUGAAGCAAAGUAGAGAUUUUUAUCCUUAUGGAUACUUAAGGCAUCCAUUUGCCAUCUUUAAAAACCUUGCACCCAUUUCUAAAAUGGGCCAUGCCCCUUCCACUUUGGGAUGCAGAGAUCAAUAAGCCACACAAAACCUGGGAUGGCCAUUCAAGCCAAACUGAAGUUGUGUACUACUGUUGUUUGCAUCUUCAGCUCACAUGGCCACAUUAUGAAAAUAUACUCAAGCUCCAUCAAAUCUGGCUCAAAUCUGAUUCAAAGAGAAUGUUAGGGUAAUUUGUUUAAAACCUUCUCUGAUGGGUUACAUUUAUUGUUUGUUUUGGUUUUAAAUGUCGGAAAACAUUGAAAAGUAUAUUUCUCGAACUAGUUGCAGUUUGAAAGGAAAUGGUGUAUUCAGUUCUUUUGUUUUAAAUGUAUAUUACAACCAAUCUAAAUUUACUGGUAGUUCUCCAGCACUAACUUCAGUAGUGAAGUUUCCAAGACUGGUGCAAAAGUAUCCCUUUGUUUUAACCCUCAUUCCUUUUUUAAUUAAAAUGCAGGUUUUUAAACAUCUCCAUUAGAUCAGUGACAUGAGAAAGAAAGGCAGUCAAGGCAGCUGAACGAUUAUUCUUUGCCCUCUAGCCCAAAACAGAUACACCUUAUGGCAAAAAAGUUGCUUGGUUAACUGUCUUCUUCCAUUGCCAGCAAUAAUGGAACAAUGGUUUAUAUACAGUGAUAUCUACCCACUGAUGAAAACAUUUGUCAGCGGAAUAAUCUUCAACAACCCCUGUUUUUCCCCUAAUUCUGAUAUGGAGUAUUGAAAGAUUUGCCAUGCAAAUGGAACUUUAUCUAUACAUUAAUAGCAGGGGUGGGUUCUACUUACCUUUACUACCGGUUCACAUCAUUACCCACACAUGCUCUUCUGUGCAUGAAAUCCAGAGAUGGGUUGCAGCAGGUUCUGAUCAGUUCUGGAGAACCGGUAGCAGAACUUUUGAGUAGUUCGGAGAACCAGUAGUAAAAAUUCUUUCUGGCCCUGCCCGCCUCUAUUCUCUGCCUCACAAUUCCCAGCUGAUCAGGAGGAAAUGGGAAUUGUGCAGUAACUUUCCCCUGGAGUGGGGAGGGAAUGGAUAUUUUACAGUAUCCUUUCCCUGCCAUGCCCACCAAGCCAUGCCAUGCCACGCCCACCAAGCCACGCCCACAGAACCGGUAGUAAAAAAAUUUGAAACCCACCACUGAUGCAAUCACCAAUGAUGACGUCCGGGUCAGUGGGCGGAGCCUCUUGCCGGUUUUACUACCGGUUCUUGUGAACCGGUCCAAACCGGGGGCAACCCACCACUAAUUGAUAGCUGUUUUUCUGUAUGUAGAUUUUUUUUUUCUCCAAGAAGGAAUUCCUCGGCUGUUACUAGGAAGUUGCUCGGGAUAAAGGCACACCUGCAAAACAGUAAUUCUCGAAUCAUGUUGCUAAUUCAAAAAUCCUCUGCUGAAAUAGUCUUGAGAGGCUAAAAUCAAGAAUUAUCUAUUUUUUAUGAUACUGUACUAAUUUUAUGAUUGGGGAUUCUACACUUGAUACUCAUCCUUCACCUCAAGGAAGUUCUCCCUCCUACAGAAAAAGUACCUGCAGGUUAAACGCUAAUGUUGCAUGUGAUUAAAGUGUUGAAUUGUAAGAACACUUAUCAGGGAUGAAAUGGCAUUUAUUGUGUGGUGACAUUUUUAGUUCACUUUACCGAUUGUUUUUGGAUUUUUUUUUUGUGUGCACGUGCGUGCGCAUGUGUGCGCGUGUGUAUGUGCGUGUGUGAGUGGCUGUGUGUGUGUGGUUUGUUAAUUUCCAGGGUUGUGUUUCUGGAAGGAUGUGACAGUAAUCGCAGUACUAUGUACAGAGCUUUCUUUUGUAUUAAAAAAAAUAAUCUUUCAAUAAAUGUAUCAUUUUGUGCACAAA